AUGGUAGUGUUGACACGGUUCCAACAUCUUCUUCUUCAACCAAGAUUACUCUCUUCUCAUCAAUCUCGUGUUCUCCGUCAUCCUCUAAUCAGAACUCGAACAGUUAUCAGAUCGGUGAUGGGUUCCUCUUCCUCAUCCUCCUCGAAGCUUCUCUUCCGUCAGCUCUUUGAGAAAGAGUCUUCUACUUAUACUUAUCUUCUUGCUGACGUCUCUCACCCGGAUAAGCCUGCUCUGACAAAGGUCCCAGGAGUGAAAUCAGUCAUUUCGAAAGCAAGUGGUUCUAAAGCAGAUAUGUUUCUUGAGCCUGGUGACAAAGUAUCUAUUGGUGAUAUAUACCUUGAGGUCCGUGCUACACCUGGACAUACUGCAGGAUGUGUUACAUAUGUGACUGGAGAGGAAGCAAAUCAGCCCCAACCAAGAAUGGCCUUUACAGGAGAUGCUGUACUUAUCCGCGGUUGUGGAAGGACCGACUUUCAGGGUGGAAGCUCGGAUCAACUCUAUGAGUCUGUGCACUCACAGAUAUUUACAUUGCCAAAGGACACAUUGAUCUAUCCAGCGCAUGACUACAAAGGUUACGAGGUAAGUACAGUUGGAGAAGAGAUGCAACACAACCCACGUUUAACUAAAGAUAAAGAAACAUUCAAAUCCAUCAUGUCAAAUCUGAAUCUAGCCUAUCCGAAGAUGAUUGAUGUUGCAGUUCCAGCAAACAUGGUAUGUGGAUUACAAGAUUUGCCUUCUCAAGCCAACUUAUAA